GGAAGAGUGCUCUGUGCAGACAGCAGAAGUCAGCACUCAGCAGCGAGCAAUGUGCGUAUCGCAGUCUGCAUAAUUACCGUCAGUAAUCAGUAUAAGUCAAUAUCUGAGUUGCAUCAAUUUAUGAAAUAGAGGUGUGUGGUGUGAUAUUGAUGAUGGAACACAAGAAUUUAAAAGUCUUACGCCUUCACAAUCAUCCAGAAUAUCUGGAAGCAUGCUGUGUAAUGAUAAACGAAGAAUGGCCACGUAGCAGAACCGCAAGGAUGAUGUCGCUGAAGGCCUCCUGCGACAAAUUACCGACGAGUCUGAUAUUAAUAAACGAUCGGUUACAAUUGCUGGGCCAUGCUAAACUAACACCUCUACCACAAUUUCCCAACAGCUGCUUUAUAGAAACAGUGGUAAUUAGAAAAUCAAUGCGGGGCAAUAAGCUGGGUACAUUUUUAAUGGGUCAAGUCGAAGAUUAUUGCAAAAACCUAUUAAAUUUGGAGAUGGUACACUUAUCUACAAAGGGCCAAGAAAUAUUUUACGCCAAAUUGGGGUACGUAACAUGUGCGCCUGUAUCAAUCUACGGUAUAUCUGUCCCGGUGCUGAAAUGUGAAAAAAAACCUUUGGGUUUUUGUAAGCCCCCUGAAUGUAACAUCAGUAGUAUUCCACCACCGCCACCGUUGCCUCAACCAACAGAAACGUUAAACAGUACAAUAACCUCUAAGAAAACAUUUAUGUUUAAAAAAUUAAAAUAGUUCAAUUAUUCGACACAUCCUCUGUUCAUAAAUUUUUGCCUAGUGCGUGCCAGAUUAUUAUGUGAGCGAAAAAAAGGACAUGAUUUUGGCCGCUACAGACCCUCGGCCUCGGCUUCGCCUUUUUUUCGAAAUCUGGGGAAAAAUAUAAAAGUUGGAGAACUUUCAUUUUUUUAUAUAAGAGGGGGCAAACGGGCAAGAGGCUCACGGGAUGGGGGGAGGUGAAGCAACUGCCCAUGGACAUCCGCAACAACAGGUGUGUCAAGAUAUGCGAUGAGGCCUUUAAGGUUAUUACAAUAUGAUAAAACAUGUAAAGUAUGCUAAUUUUAAAAUUAAUAAGGGUAGCACCUCAAAUUAAAAUAUUAUUAUUAUGUUCCAAGUGCUUGGGAGAUCAUUAUCCAUUACUGGCAUUUGGCAGCAUUAGAUACACCCCUGCCACCACUAGUCGUGCCCAAACUUCUCGUGCGCUUUUGGUACAUCAGUAGUUUUUUUUAUCAGAUUUUCGAAGAUAUCUCUAGUCUAUAUUUGCAUUUAUUGUUUUUGAAUAUUUCGAGAUGUGGCGGAAAAAUUUUAGUAAGUAUUUUACACCAAAAUAUAGUUAUUAUCAAUAAGUUAAAUCGGAACAUCAAUUUUAUGAAAAUCAUUGAAUUACGAUUCUUAUAAUAUUGCAUACAGUAUGCUCAACUACAAACUACUCUACUAAACACUCUUUUGCAAUAGAAAAGGAUAAACUCCAUUAAGUCGUCGUUAUUGUUAGUUCCCAGACGUUGUUAUAGUCACUGUUUAACUAAACACGUGUCUAAGCCAUGUUACUUUUGUAAUGACACCGUAAGUUUUUAGGUAGGCAAUGCGUCACGAGCUUGCUGAUGCUGUGACGUUGUCACACUCUCCUAUAUAGAUAACGGUCGCGCAUCUGAGCGGCGCUCAAUGUUAUGUCGUCACGCGGUCAUUUCGCGCUAUGUUAAAUAUUACUAUUAUUUACUUUCAAGUGACUUCAUGGAUUUGAUUGAUGUUCUAUUUUUAAAUAUAAUCUUAUUUUUUUUAUAAAUAAUAUACAUUUGAUAGUUGGAACUAAGACCUAAGUUUGUACUCGUAGUUAAGCCAAAGACCUCCUUCAGAUAACUGGAUUGCAGGUUUUUUGGAACUAAAUAAUUGUUUUCCCUUGAUUAUAAAGCUGUUAUUGGUAUGUAUCCUCUAAAAAUGUAAAAUAAACUGAACAUACAUACAAACUAUAGUGACUGUAUUUAAUCACUUGCCAUUACAAAAAGAUUUUAUAAUAAGUAUGCACUAUCGCUUUUGAGUAAAUUUUUCUGCACAUGUUAUGUAAAUAAAUAAAAAUUAUUAACGAU